GCUACUAACGUCACGUUCAUGGACGUUGUUCGCUUCUGUUAAUCUGUGCGGUGUUAGGCAAAUGCGACUAUUUCGUUCUCGCAACGAAAAUAUUCCCAAUCAAAGGGGACGCUACGCUAUAUGUAUUGAUUAUCGAGUGCUUGACACAGUCUAUCAAAGAUGUUGAGUCCAGAGGAAGCAAACAAAUGUGUUUCAGACACACAAGAGACUUACUACGAAGGUGCCAAUGAGGAUACCAAAGAAAAAACUUGUAAGGAGACACAAAACACUAAGGCGAACGAAAGUCAGGAUUUUCAUCUUAUGCUUGAAGAUGAGAGCAUGAGAGAGAGUGAGAAAAUAAAACAAGCACAGGACAAAGAGGCUACUCAGCAGAAACCUUUAGUUGAACAGUUGAAUGUGCAACAGAUACCAGAUGCAUCGCAAUUGAAGACAAAUGAUGAAGUAAUAACUACAAAUAAUAAAGAAACUAAAAAUAAUGAGGAUAAAAAAUCAACACAGAACGAGGCUGUUAAAGAGGCGGAAGGAAAUAUAUCUGACGACAUAUGCGAUUCAAAGAAAAAGGAUGAGCUUUCAGACGAAGACGAAAUAAUCCAAGGUACACCAUUUCAAGAUUAUUCACCAAAAGCAGUGAGCAACAUUGAUGUCACAAGUUUGAAGCGUAAAGCUGGCUCUUUUGAAGAACCACUCGCUAAAGUUCCUAAAACACUAUCGCAGGAAGACACAGCGAAUGUGAAGAAACGUUGCGAAGAGGAGGAAAAUCGCCAGUCUUGCGAGUCUGACAAUUCAUAUGAGGAUUUGUUUAAAGACAUCGAAAAGAAUGUCAUAAUAGAAGAAACUCAAGAUGUUGGCUAUCUGGAGUUGACACAGAAUUGCCUGAAAAACCAUCCUGAACACGCAGCAAAAGCAACCAAUGACAAAGUUUGCGAGCCCCAGGACGAGCAAAUAAAUCAACAACAGACCUUUCCUGAGAUACAUGAUGUCGAAAAAGAUGAGAAUCUGAAUCUUUCCACAAAGAUAACUGACACCAGCGCGAACGACAGCAUUGUCGUCAACAUGAAUUCCAUAAUUGAGAAUGACUCGCGAACGGAAGAUAAUAGUUUGUCACUUGAAACGAAGGAAAACAUAAUCGCUAUCGUCAAUGAGGGACCCAAAAUCGAAAUAUUGAACGAGAUAAACCAAUCUAUAGAAGUAAAAAACACAAAAACGGUAUCAAACGAGAGCAACAAACCAAAGCAAACGAGUGAAAUUGAAAUAAUUGAGAAGAUCUCCGACAACGAGGAGAUUCCAUCUUCACAGACCAAUGUUCCUGAGACCAUACCUAUCUCCAGGAAAUCACGUACAAGUAUAGAAGUGAUAUACGAUAGCGUGAAUGAUGAGUUGCGAUCGAAAGGGAAAAUCGACGACGAGGUGCAGAUUGAAGACGACGGUGUGAAAAUCGUGGACUCAUCAGCGGAAGUGGUCGAAAUCGUGGAUGACUCGCGCGAUAAGAUCAUCGACGACACGAGCGAGAAGAGCGCUGACGAUUCGCACAGCAGGAUUCGCAUCCUCGAAUCGUUAGAGAAGGGCGGCGAGGUAAAGACGGUGUACCAAAGCAGCCUUGAGAACAAGACCUGUAGCGAUAUCAGCUGCCGUUCCACGGCGGAGAGCGCAAAGGAGUCAUCGUUGGACUCCAAGUUGACAAUGGAAAAGCGAUUGGUUAACGGUAGCACGGAAUCUAAACGCAGCGAAUCCACUGACGCCACUCUGAGCGUGGAAUCGGACACAAAUUUAUCUGGCUGCGAGACGCCGACUCCCAACGUCACCGUACAUGAAAACGCAACGAAACCGAGCAACAGUGAUGCAAAGAGUGGUUCCUUCGCUUUCAAGGAUCCGGACAACAACGAGCUUCUCAGCAUUAGCGAUCACGAUUCGUCCAAUACAGAGGACAAGAUACUUAUUCACCAAGGUGAACUAUAAAACGCUUUUAUAUUAGAGCGGGAGGUUGAUAUGUAUCUCAAGCUCAAGUGUCUGAUAAUCAUUGAUGAGAAAACGAAGGAGUGCAUGAGCAAGGAGUUAAUAGCGGUGCAGUGCGAGCCUACGUUGGCAGAAAACUCAUCGGCAAUAGGCAAACAGAAGAACGAGGACAGUCAGGGAUCACUAGCGGAUAUCUCCGACAACAGGGAUUCAUCUCCUGGUUCAGUGAACACAAAUCCUCAAUUAUUCCAGCUCCCGUCCCGAUUGUCGAUGAUGUCGACCGUAAGUUCAUCCAGCUCCGCGUCCAGCGCCGCCUCUCUUGCCGCGCGUCUCGCUCUAAAGAACAUUCCGUUCCCAAUACCGGUCGGCCCGGCGAAACAUGCACGGAAAACCACGCAGGAAGGUGGUCCACUGUCGAAGGACAAGCAGGCGCUGGAGGAGAUCUGUGAUGAUCGCAUGACGCGCGAAUGGAAAAACCAACAUUUGCUCACCACGAAGGUGCUGAAUUACGCGAACGCGGAACUGUUUCCCGCCGGUACGGAAGCUUGCAUAAACGUCAGCAACGAGCGGCUGGACGAUCAUCAUCAUCACUUGCAGAAGAGCAGUAUGCGCUCGUCGACACCGGAGGCGGCUGUAUCUGAACUCGAGCUGGCUGUCACGCCGAAGAGCACGAAGAAGGGUAAGGCGGUGAAGCGAGCAAGAAGCAAAAUAACAAAAUCCACUGCACAGACGAACGGUGAAAACGACAACGUCCCAUCGAAUUCUGAAAUCGACGUAAACACGUCGCCAAGUCGAAAGAAGAGCAAGCUGGAGAAUGAUGACAAGCUGCUGAUAAGCGACACCGACGUGCUGGCAAACUCGUCACCGCAAAACACGCAAAUCAACGAUCUCGUUGGCAAGAUUGUGUUCGCCAAAUGGUCGGACAAGAACUACUAUCCUGGCACGGUGAUUGACCGAGUCAAGACCAAGUACAAAGUGAAUUUCUACGACGGUAAGAGCAAGUUACUCAUACCGGAAUUCGUGAUACCGAUACUAAAGACGCUGCGUGAGGGCCUAUCUGUGUACGCGACUACAGGAGCUGACGACUACGGUUCUUGCGGCAUCAUCGUCGACGUGCAGACAAGCAAGUGCAAUGCCGACGAUGUGUAUUAUACGGUGGCGACCGACGAGGGCGAACGAUUGCGCGUGCAGAUACAUGAUAUCUCCCUGUCGGCCGAUCAGGCGCUGGUGCUGAAGGAGGAGAUGGAUGCCGAGAGCAAGGGUUCCCUGCCGAGCACGCCGAAGGCGUUUGGUCAGGUGACACUUGACAACAUGGUGGAUGGCAAACGACGCUCCAAACGUAUCGGCGGUACACCGAGCUUCUUGACGCCCAAGUCUAGAAGCAAUGCGGCCGGGACGAGCGGCAAUUCAGCUAGCAAGAUUAAAGCAGAGCCAUCAGUGUCUGGUGUAUUGACCAAAUUGAAGAAGAACGCGUUAUCCGAGAACGAAAGCAUGUCGAGCGACUCGAAUAUCGAAGUGAUUCAGGACGAGUAUGUGCUGCGGGGCGUGCAACACGAGAUAAACGGCACGCCGUAUGAGCAGAGGAUCAAAGGGUCGCAGAAUAAAGUCAAGAGCAAGCCGCGCAGUAAAAAAAGAAAGAACGAAGACCCACAGAUAAACGCGGAUCUUGGUCCGAUCCCGCCGAGUAACUCCAACAUAUUCAAAGGCAUGUCGUUCAUUCUCACUUGCGCGUCUUUGGAGUCACUCGACAGAUUUAAAGACUUAAAGAGGGCUGCGAGCACAGAAACGGAAAACAUCGAGACAGACAUUGAGACCGAGAAUGAAGAGGACUGGCUGGAACGACCAUUCGUGCGCGACAGAUUGCAAGCGCAGAUCCUGGCAGGCGGGGGUAAACUUUACGAAGAGUUCAAUCAGAUACCGCAGGAAGAGUAUAAGAGCACAAAACUCAUCACGAAUGUGCCGAACACCACGGCGAAGAGCAUACUGUGCCUGUCUGUCGGUAUACAUGCGUACCAUCAUAACUGGAUCAUCAGAUGUUGCUUACAAAAAAAAGUUGUGAGUGCGGCGGAAGAAGCGCUUCCAGUUGGCUGGAGUCUACAUAAAAAGGAUUACGUAGAAUCAUUCCAAGCCAGUGAUAGUAGACCGUUGACCGAAACGAUUGUCAUUAUUCCAACAUUAAAAUGUGAUGCGCAAUUUGCUACUUUCUGGCGGCAAGUUUGCGAAAAUGCCGGAGCCAUCGUUAUAAUUGCAGAAAGUCCAGAAUCUAUGAAAUCAAUGGACUUUGACAGCGAUAUCGUGAUUGUGUCCAAUCACACAUGUCCAUCGUGGGCCGUGAAUAGAGCAAGUCAGCUGCAGAUUCCAGUGCUGUCCACCACGUGGGUGAUUCAAUGUCUAAUCGAGGGUAAACUUUGCCCCUACUAUCAGCAUCCACGUUACAAAUAUAACCAUUUACCAAAUUAAAGAGCUUCCGUUGACUGGAAAACCGUGAUUUUUUUACAUUCUACAAUUUUUUCGAUUUCACACGCAAUAACUUAGACCAGUGCUUGGAAUUAAUUGCACAUUUUAAGCGAUUUUCAUAUAUCAAUGUCUCAUUUCUCUCCUUGUUGUGCGCGUUGUAGAAGCUAGAGCCAGCGCCGCCGAGCGUUAGGAGCGCCACUAUCCGACAAAUGAAGUGGUUCUUCUAAUCUUUAAAUUUUAAUAAUUGGGGUCCGUGCAAAAAAACACUAUUUGUCGGAUAAUAUCACUUCGAAUGCUCAGCGGCUGUUGCCCUAGCUGCAACGUACGCGAUAAGAAGAAAAAGGAGGCGUUGACAUAUAAAAAUCGCUUGAAAUGUACAACUAAUUCUGAGCACUGACUUAGACUUUUGUACAAUUUUGUAUAAAAAUACGACGUGCAAAGGCGUAAAACAAUUUUAUACACAAUUAAAAACGCAGAUUUCUAAAAAAAAUUUUAAAUGUAAGCGUAUUUAUCCGAUGGUGAUUGUGCCACAUCGCAAAAUUCUAUAAUCCUUUUUUCUAUACACAGUAUAUAUAGUCAUGAAAAAUCAUGGUUUAAUCUUUUUUUUUAUGCACACACGUGCGCGCGCGCGUAUACAUACAUACGUACAUACGCUGCUCUAAAGAAAUCAAUUGCUUUGGCGCACGCAUUUCACGUAAUAGAUCCGAUCCUAAUGUAACAAUUUCUCUCUAUUAUCGCGAGAAUAUACCGUUCGAAUAGCAAAUAUUCAAUCGAAGUUGCCGGCAGACAAUUCCCAUAUCAGUAAAAUAAAUUCUCUCCCUGCAUUCGAUGAACUCUUUAUAAACAGACACGUCUACUAUGUGUGAAAAGAGCUAUUAAUUGCCUCCUGUAAUAGAAUUUCAUGUGAAUUCUACUAAAAACGAUCGCAGUUCAUUGACAUCGAAAUGAAUGUUUUUCCUCUAUUGAUGACAUGAAAUGUACAGGUGACAUUUAUACAUGGGAUAAUUUCGAACGUACAGAUGACAUUUAAAUAUAGGAUGAUAAUUUUAAAACCUACUUUAAUCAUAAUAUCAAUAAUAGCGUAGACGGUGAUUAUAACAACGAAUUGAUAGACAAAAAGACGACAUGUUAAAAUGUCUCGUAAAAUUUUAUUUUAGAAAAUGCAUGAAACAAAAUCUUUCGUCGCUUUCUCUACAGCUUCGAGCUGUCCUCGCUUCAGUAUUUGAGAAUGUGCUAUAUUCGAUUAUUAGUUCUACUAUAUAUUUUAUUAUAUUAAUAUAAUUAUUGAUUUGAAUAACACAGGAAACAUU